GCGCGGGCGGGCGCGGGCGCGGGGCCCGGCCGGCCGCAGCACUGCACGCAGGUCCGCACGCGGCGCCUCAUGAAGGAGCUGCAGGACAUCGCGCGCCUGAGCGACCGCUUCAUCUCCGUGGAGCUGGUGGACGAGAGCCUCUUCGACUGGAACGUGAAGCUGCACCAGGUGGACAAGGACUCGGUGCUGUGGCAGGACAUGAAGGAGACCAACACGGAGUUCAUCCUGCUCAACCUCACCUUCCCCGACAACUUCCCCUUCUCGCCGCCCUUCAUGCGGGUGCUCAGCCCCCGCCUGGAGAACGGCUACGUGCUGGACGGCGGGGCCAUCUGCAUGGAGCUGCUCACCCCCCGCGGCUGGUCCAGCGCCUACACGGUGGAGGCCGUCAUGAGGCAGUUCGCCGCCAGCCUGGUCAAGGGGCAGGGCCGUAUCUGCAGAAAAGCUGGCAAAUCAAAAAAGUCAUUCAGCCGUAAGGAAGCUGAAGCAACAUUUAAGAGUUUGGUGAAGACCCAUGAAAAAUAUGGGUGGGUCACUCCUCCUGUCUCUGAUGGCUGACAUUUGCAAGCCACACCUCAGCCGCUAAACAGAACCAAGUACUCUGACAUCUCCUCAGUGCUAUACACCGCCCGUCCUUUUCUACUUCAGCUUCUGUUAGAUACCAUGAAUGUCAAGGAGACAUUUAAGUUAUUUAUGAACAGAUAUGUUUACAGAGGGAGAGAAAACACAUGCUGUGUUGGGUUAUGUUCCAGGACUGCUGAAUGGUCAUCAUUAAGUCACUUUAGAGCGGAUGUUGAGAUUGUGUCAUUUGCCCCCCAUACAGGCCACAUUGUCUUCAGCUUCUUUCCAUGACAGCAGCAGCACCAAGUAGCAGGAGUGGAAUUCUAUCCAUUGCUGCUCAGUUAUUUAAAUGUAAAUGAAAAAAGUUAAUAUUUAAUAGGGAAGCAGUGCAUUGCAGGUACAUGUUUGCUGUGCUGUUUAUCUUUGUUUCCUAGCAGGUCAACAUAACUUGACGAUUUGUCUUUAUGUGGAGCUGUGGUCUGCUGUGACUAAAUUUAGACCUCAUUUGUGCUCUAUAUAUGACCUUUGAUUCAUAAAAAGAACAGAAUUAUAACAACAAGAGGUUCUAGUGUUGAAAAACUGUUCAAUGAAAUCACCCAGUUGGUCAAAACGUGCUAUCUAUGCUGAUAUUGUGGUGUGCUGUUGUUCUGAGAUAAACCAAUGCGAUUAGAUGAAGGUCAGGUGAAGCUUCAGAUAUCAGAUACACCCACUUGUGGGUCUCAAAGUGGUUAAUAGUAGAAUAGUUUUUAACUUCCCAGCAAAAUGCAGUACUCCUACAAUAGCAUGUUGCCUGUCAACUCUUCGGUGGCAAAACAAACACAAAACAAUGCACAAAUCAAUCUUAAAAGUUAUCCAAGUCAUUUGAAAAUGAUGUGCCAGUGACAAGGUAAAAAGUUAGAUUUUCAAAGAAAGUGAAACAAGUGGUUUGUAAGAUGAUUUGCAUGACUGGAUUUUUUUUAUUUUUACUAAAUAGACAUUGUAUGUACUUUGAGCCCAGGAUCUGAAAAAACCCACUGAUGUAUAUAAAUGUCCUGCUAUUUAAUCAUUAAGAUUUAAGUUUUCUCUUCUGUUAAAUAAUUUUAAAAACUUUCUAAGAGACUCCAUAAAAUCUGGAGAUAAUGUUUAUAAUAUCAUAAGGAAGGAGUUUAAAAAUGUGGAAUCCAAAUGGAAAAUCGUAUUGGACACAUUCUGAAUAAAAUUACCGGUACCAUUCCACUGCCUCAAGAAUUCAAUCAUUUUAGGCUGGUUUUUUAAUUUUUAUUUUAUUCCAAGUAAGAUUCAUCACUGUGAUAUACUAGAAAUCCUAUAGGUAUAUUAUGCCUACUGUGGUAGCAUUUACAAUUGAAAGUAGAACAUUAUUGAUUGUAAAAUGCAAUCCAGUAAAAAAAGUAUAGUGUCUUUGAAAAAGCAUUCCUUUAUGUGCCCAACAUAAGUAAGAUUAGACCAUUGUUACUUUUAAAAAUGGCUGAACAGUUUCUGGUUGCUGUUCAGCAGCAUUGGGAAAAUGUCAUUUUCUAACUGUGUACGGGACUUCAUGGGGUUUUAGUUUGUUGUAAAGCUGCCCAGAAUAGCGAGGAACAAGCAAACUAAAUGAACUGAAACAGGGGAGUGUUUUAGGGCCAGUUUAAUGCCAGCAUCCCACAGGAGGAUGGCCUAGUCUAUGCUUAAAAAUGUUGCCAACCUAGUUAUGUUGGUUUAAAGAGUGAAAAAUCACACUCCUACCCAAGGUAGCUCUGCUGCCAGAUACUUAAAGCUGCUGGUGCAUUUAUAAAAGCAAGAAAGUUCUUUUGCCCAUCUAGCUUGUUCUGUUUGGAACAUUGACUGUACCAGCAAAAGCACACUUUUUUUCUGGUGUAAACUAUCUCCAGGAUUUAUCUAGGGGGUUUAUCAGGGCAAGUAGACUGACU